AAUUAAUAGCGGACGCAUUCAAAAAAUGGCGCUGCAUUUUUCGAUGGCACUACCACGAAGUUCGCACGGUUUAACGCGUCCUACUUGUCAUUGAUUGUUAAUUUUCAUGGCUGGAAAGGGAUCAAAAGGGUUCGCUUUGUUUCAGAUCAAUAGUCAAGAUGUGUGGGAUGCAGACGAUCGGGAAUAUCUGAACAUAAUAUCACCCAAAGUUGUGCAAAAAACAGCACAAAAAGUUCUGGACAUGCACAGACAAGAGUCGGCUAUCGCUGAAAAGCAGGAUAACAGACAAAGAAAUAUUGAAUCUCUUGAUAUUAAAAAUUCACUCAUACUCCCAUAUGACAAAUCCCCGAAACAUGCUCCUGGUAUGGGUGUGAGAUUGAGAGCAAGUCCUGAUGAUUUUCCUGUUGCCCAUCGAAAGCUGUUAGAUCAAGGUCGAACCCAACGUUUCAAUACGUGUAUCAACUCAAGUAUAACAGAUUUAGUCGUAUUGCGUCAACUUUCUUGGUCUGGAAUUCCAGGAGAACUUCGACCAACAGUAUGGAAAUUGUUAUGUGAUUAUCUUCCAACUAGUCUUGAACGACGUGUCACUGUACUAGCGGAUAAACGUAAACAAUAUACACUUUUUGUUAGUCAGUAUUUUCAUUUACGUGAAAAUGUUAAACAUAAACCAAUGUUUCAUCAAAUUCAGAAAGAUUUAAACAGAAUGACAUUACUUUAUCGAAGACCCGAAAUGGUUGCAAUGUUUGAACGAAUUCUAUUUGUCUGGUCUAUGCGACAUCCAGGAAUUGGUUAUGUACAAGGUAUCAAUGAUUUGUUAACUCCAUUCUUCAUUGUAUUUUUAUCAGAAUACACUCAUGUUGAUUUAGUACCUAGCUUGAUCGAUGGAAAAUCAUCAGAUUUAAAUACAUCAGGUGAAUUAAGCCUACAUUCGGAUAUCACCUGUGAACAAUUGAAUUCAGUUGAAGCUGAUGUAUUUUGGUGUACAUCACAUCUAUUGGAUACAAUACAAGAUAAUUAUACAUUUGCUCAACCUGGCCUACAAAACAAUGUAAAGAUGUUGGCUAGUCUAAUUGAACGUAUUGAUACUAAAUUAUAUCAACAUUUUAUACAAAAUGAUGUUGAAUUUUUACAAUUUGCUUUUCGAUGGAUGAAUAAUUUAUUAAUACGCGAAUUACCAUUACGUUGUAUUAUACGUUUAUGGGAUACUUAUAUGUCAGAAAAUAGUGGAUUUUCAAAUUUUCACGUUUAUGUCUGUGCAGCUUUUCUGCUACAAUUUUCUAAUGAUCUUUGCCGUGAACAAGAUUUUCAAGGUAUUAUGUUAUUAUUACAACAUUUACCAACAUUUCAUUGGACUGAUGAAAAUAUUAAAUUGGUACUGGCUGAAGCGUUUCGUCUUCAUUCAUUAUUCAAUUCAGCUAUGCAUCAUUUAGAUUUUCGACGUCAUUCGGAUUUAGAUUAAAAUCAAUCAAUACUUCAGUUGUUGUAGGUUAUCGCAUUGUCUCUCUGUGUGUGUGUCUGGUUGUGUACAGAUAAGUAUUAUCAAUUGAUUGAAGACAAAUACAGAAGUACAUGUGUGUGUAUGUAAAAUAGAGAUAAGAAAAGUCUUUCUUACUUCCUCAUUUUUGUAGCUGUUUAACGACUACUACUGCUGUUACAUUUUAUGUCCCAUCAACCAUUCAACUACUCAUUCUGUAUAGUAGUAGUAGUCAUGAUAGUGAUAGUAUAAUAUCCAAAUAAACUUCUUCCAUUUACUUUUCUGCUGCACAUCAGUUAUCUCUUUGCUUAUUGAUUAAUUUGGUUUUAUUUUGUAUGUAGUAAAGUUUUUUUUUUUCUCCCUUAUUUUCUCUUAAAAUGAUAAUUGAAUCUCUUGUGUUACUGUUCAAUUCUACUUAUUGACAAUGGCAGUAUUUUCUAUUUGAUUUCAACUUGUAUCCAGUGUUAUAUAUAUAUAUGGAUGGAUGGAUAGUUUGAUUAUUCCUUCGUAAUCUCCAGUUUCAACACUGUGAAGAUACAAUUUAUCUCCCAACAUUACUAUAUAUAUAUAUAUAUUAUUGAUACUGUUAUUUUACUACUUACAUUCUCAAUAUUUGUUUGCUUUUCCACUGAAAGUUAUCUUUCAUGUAUAGUUAUUUGAAUGAAUGUUAACACAACUAAUAGUUCACAUGUGUCUUUCAACUAUCUAUUAAUGCGCAUGAUAACGUGAUCUUCCUUAUGUCGUUAUAAUGUGCCUCUGUAUUUAUGAAUAUAUAUAUAUAUAUAUAAUACCCCAUAAUUUCUCAGUUAGAUAAUAAGAAAUAAAUAAAUAAGUGUUUUGUAUGCAUUUUUUGUAGAAUAUUUUGUAUUAGCAUCCAUUGCUUUGUAACCUCUCCCCACGGGAAAAAAAACUAAGCGCAUACAUUACCAGUCAUCAGUAUUUUUUAAACAAUAUUUCUCGGUAUGUUUUACAGUUGUGUUUUUCUUACUGUGAAAUAUGAUUUAUUUACAUGUUAUUGUAUUUUCAAGUGAACAAUUUCUACCAUCUAAGAAAUUGAUGCUGAUGAUGAUGAUGAUGUAAUCUUCCAUUUGUUAAUGAUAUACUUGAAAUAUAAGUUUCUGUUUUUUGGAAAA